GAUGCCGUGACCUAUGAGGAUGUGCAUGUGAAUUUCACUCAGGAAGAGUGGGCUUUGCUGGACCCUUCCCAGAAGAGUCUCUACAAAGAUGUCAUGCUGGAAACCUGGGAGAACCUCAUUUCUAUAGGCUACAAAUGGGAAGAACAGAAUAUUGAAGAACAUUGGCAAAGUUCUAGAAGACAUGGAAGGUUUAUCAUCUGUCACUCUGGAUGCAAGCCAAGUGAGCAUAAGGGAUCUGGAAAGAAGCAAUGUUACCCAACACCCUAA